AUGAGGCGCCUGAGUCGCUCCGUGGCCUACCUGCCGGCGGCGGCGCGGGGGGCGCCCGCCGCCGAGGCCACGGCGAGCGCGCAGGAGGACCGGCGCGCGCGCGGUGACCUCUCGGAGAUGUCGCACAGUGUCGUCAGUCUGUACUUGGAGGAUGAGCGCGAUAUCAAGCGGCGCAGACACGCGCUGCGCAGCCUCAGCCGCAGCACCCCCAUGAUGAACCGGCUGGACUCGCAGCCGUCGUUCGAAGUGUCACGUUCGCAGCGCAAGUUCCUGCGGCGUUUUAAGGACCUGGACGCCCACGAGAAGAUCGUUAAAUCGUUCUCAUGUGCGCUGGUGAGCGACAUUCUGCUGCAGGGCCGGCUCUACGUCACCAGUCAUCACUUCGCCUUCUACUCCAACCUCUUCGGGCACGUUACCAGGAUACUGAUUCCGUGCUCGCUGGUGCUGGCCAUCACCAAGGAGAAGACGGCGCGCAUCAUCCCCAACGCGGUGGCCGUGGUGAGCAGCGAAGGCCGCCACGUGUUCGGUAGCCUGCUCAGCCGUGACUCGGCCUUCGAGACCAUGGUGCGCGUAUGGCGCAAGGAGAUCGGUCGAGACGAGCCCGAUCUCUCCUCGAACGGCAAGGAG